AGGAGGAGGUGGAGUAGGAGGUGGAGGAGGGGGCCGAGCGGAGGAAAAAGAGCCCGUCUGUCAGAGUUAUUACCCGGUGUGGAUGUAAAGAAGCAGACGAGGAGUCUCUCGUUUCCAGUUCCUGACAGGACGCGUUUUCCCGCUCCAUGGAUCACCUCUGAACGCUCCGAACAGUCACAUGUAGUUUAUCUUCAGUCUUUCUCUUCAGUGCAGUUAGCGUCUCUCUCCUCUCUUUCCUCUUUUGCUCCAGCUGCUUCCCUGGCUGCUGAUUUGCAGUGCUGGUAUUUAUCUGCAGCCAGAGUGGACUGCUGCGCCGCUCUGAAAAGGCCACCAUGACCCAGGAGGGGCAGGCUCUGCCCUCUCCCACCCCACCUGAGAACACGACGGAGCCCGACACGACCGCAACCACGACCGACCCACCUGCGGAAACGCACAGCGAGGCAGUGGAGGACAGGCCAGAGGCCGUGGAGAGGGACAGUACAGAGGAGAGGCGACAAGAAGAGGAGAGCAUAGGAAGAGAGGAGGAGGAGGCACAAAGUGAGGGAGAGGGGAGGGCAGAGGGAAAAGAUGAGGGAGAGGAAGAGGAGUUAAAUAAGGAGGAGGAAGGUUCAACUGAAGAAGAGCAUCAUCGGAGCAAAAGAGAAGAAGACGAAAAAGGGGACAAUGAAGACAUGCAGCUGUCUGCAGAGACAGAGGGAACUAAACCUCAACCGACUGAACGGCUUGAAAACGGUACGAGCGGGAACGAUGACGAGGACAGGCUCGGCGAGGAGGACGGCGGAGAAGAGAGGGAGGGACGUACCAACCUGGAUACUUUCAGCUCCAACUUUGAGAUGACUGUAGAGCAGGCCGACACAGAGGAGGAGGACGAGGACGAAGGAGCCCAGGGAGACGAAGAGGAAACGGAAAACCAGGACACCUUCAGCUCGGCGUUCGAGCAAAUCGUGGAGCAGGUUGAUGCGCACGACGAAGAAGAAGAAGAAGAGAGAGAGAUGGAGAAGGAAGAGAAGGAGAAAAACAAUGUGGUGGACAACAAAGAUGGCUUCAGCUCCACGUUCGAGCGCAUUGUGGAGUCCGCUCUGCUGAGGGGCGGCACGUGCUACAGCAGCCUCGACUCCCUGGACGUGCUGUCGCUCACGGACGAGACGGACAGCUGCGUCAGCUUCGAGGCGCCGCUGACCCCGCUCAUCCAGCAGAGGUCCCUUCUGCAGGGGCCCGAGCCCCUGGAGCUGGAACUGGCCACGGUUCAGGAGCAGGAAGGGGCCGAGCCUGGAGCCGACGGCCUCGAUGGCGACGACACGGCUGGCCAGAGCGCGGCACGUACAGGUGGAGCAGGCGGCGCUGCGGGGGGGAGUCCGUUAAGGAUGACCAUACCAGGCAGCAGGUCGGAGUUCACGCUGAGCCAGCCCGGACGCUGGACUAUUCCCAAUGGAUACCACUCAGACUCCCAGGGAGCCGGGGAGCGCACUGGAGCCAUGGUCAGCUCUGUCAGCAAUGCCGACCUGUCAGACGUGCCGUCUGACUUGGAGGAGAGCGAUCUGGGCAGUCUGGAGCGCGGCAGCACCGACACUCUGGCCAAUGGCUGCCGAGUCGACAGCGAGGCCGCCAAGAGGCUGGCCAAGCGCCUGUACCACCUGGACGGCUUCAAGCGCUGCGACGUCGCCAGACACCUGGGCAAAAACAACGAGUUCAGUCAGCUGGUGGCUUCAGAGUACCUGAGUUACUUUGAUUUCUCCGGCCUGUCCCUCGACCGAGCCCUGAGAAACUUCUUAAAGGCCUUUCCAUUGAUGGGAGAAACUCAGGAAAGAGAGCGGGUCCUCGUCCAUUUCUCCAGACGCUACUGUCACUGCAACCCACUGACGCCCACUUCUGAAGAUGGAGCCCACACAUUGACCUGCGCGCUAAUGCUACUCAACACUGAUCUACAUGGACAUGUGAACAUUGGGAAGAAGAUGUCUUGCCAGCAGUUUAUUAGUAACCUAGAUGGCCUCAACAACAGCAAUGACUUUCCUAAAGAGUUAUUAAAGGUCCUGUAUAACUCAAUCAAGAAUGAAAAGCUGGAGUGGGCAGUUGAGGAGGAGGAGCUCAGGAAGAGUCUGUCAGAAUUAGUGGAGGACCAGUGUGAGGGCGGGAGCAAGCGUGUUGCCAGGGUGACGGAUGGCACUAACCCCUUCAUCGCCAUUCCCGUUCAGCUGAACGCCGUCACCUACAAACACGGGGUGCUGACGCGCAAGAGCGACGCCGACAUGGACGGCAAAAAAACUCCGAAGGGGCGGCGGGGCUGGAAAAAGUUCUACGCAGUCCUAAAGGGGAUGAUCUUAUAUCUCCAGAAGGAUGAGUACAAACCUGACAGUGACAUUUCCGAGGCGGACCUGAAGAACGCCGUGAGGAUUCAUCACGCUCUAGCCACUCGUGCCACCGACUACAGCAAGAAGCCCCAUGUGCUGAAACUGAAAACUUCAGACUGGAGAGUGUUUCUGCUGCAGGCCCCGAGUGAGGAGGAGAUGAUGUCCUGGAUCUUCCGGAUAAACCUGGUGGCGGCGCUGUUCUCCGCCCCGGCUUUUCCCGCCGCCAUCGGAUCCAGGAAGAAAUUCUGCCGGCCCAUCCUGCCGUCCUCGUCCACCAGACUGAGCCAGAAGGAGCAGCUGCUGAGUCACGAGAACAAGCUGAAGCAGACGAGUUUGGAGCUGGAGGAGCACAGGAAGCUGCAGCCUUCGGGCGACCCGAAGAGCCGCGACCGGGAGGAGUACCGGCUCAAAGAGCACUACCUCACGUACGAGAAAACUCGCUACGAGACGUACGUCAGCCUCCUGCAGGCCAAAAUCUGCGCCGAAACGGACGACCUGGAGAAGAUCGAGGCCGGCGUUCUCGGCGGAAUGAUGUCGGACGCUAACUUGGCGGGCCGAGAGUGCGUCCUGCGGAAGACACGCUCCUUCCCGUCCAUCAGCCUGUCCCACGCCGGCCAGAAUGGGAGACUCCCCGGAUGCACUGUUUAGUCACUAGUCUGUCGCGUUUCGUGGCUCCUCGGAUCUCCUCCUCCCCUCCCGGCGAACCGUCCCGCUCCCUCCCAGAUGUUAUUAAACCUGAUGAAAAUCCUGACCUUGAGCAAUAGUUGAGGGAAGCUGCUGUUCCCUUCGUUCUCUCAGCUCCUGUUGUCGCACAUUUGGCGCGAUCCUAACUGUGAUCUCUGCUUCGAAGCAGCACCGUCAGUAUUACUUUUUAUCAGCUCAGAGUCGGGCAGUUGUCUAGUCGAAGUGCCAUUAGCUCGGAGAAGAACUUGAAGUGGUUUGAGUAAGUCGGAAAGCAAGUCGGAACCGUCUGGUUUUUAUUUUCUGACCUUGUGCUUCAGUCCUGAAGUGAGUCGGUGGGUGCAGUGAGGCAGGCGCUGUACCGCUGUAGCAUUGGACCGUUUUCAUUCAUCUUGACUCAUCCAGGCAUGUGUAGCGAAUGGACCUACAGUACGAGAAGACUGUAUUAACUCAGAAGGAUAAAGUCCCUAAUUAUCAUAUUUAUUUAUUUAUUUGACUUUAUUUAGCCCAGAGAAGGUUUGUCGUCCUGUUUGCGAAAGGUUUUUUUUUUAUGUCUCUUUGGAGGAUGUAAAAUGGGUAAAACUGUUCCUAGUGAGUUGCUCUACUAUGGAGCUGGAGGUUUAGUGCCUUACUGGAGGGCACCUUGGCUGAGAGAGAUCAAACGACUGCUUAAACUGCCCAAAAUACUAACAUUCGUUUCAUAUUUUUCACAUUUUCAGGAAAUAAAACGGGUCAUGAGAAGUGCUGAUCGGAUAGAUAGACCCUCCCAGCUGUUGUCUGUGUUAUCCUCUCACUGCUGCAUCUUUGUCCCAAUUGAACAGAAACAAGUCUGCAGCGCUCUUGAAUUUUUUAGCAUUUUGUUGCGUCGCAAACCUCAGUGCAGGUCAUCGGGAUCGUCUCUGAUAAAUCACGACGCGUUUCGUGCGUAUUUGGAAAGUGGGCAGUAAACAACGUUCUGAAAUCUAAUUCUUGCCCCUUGUUUCUUUGCAAAAUGGCUCCAGAUUAGGUAGAAACCGGAUCAUAAAUGCAAAUUGUUUUGGUCCAUAUUUAUUCCCUUGUUAGAAGAAAGUUACGCUACGUUACGCUAAAUAUUUUUGGACUCGAUUGAGGAAAACAGGAAAAAUAUUUUGUCCGUUCCCAGCAAUAAAAACAAGAUGUAGGUCAGUCUGCAUUUGAAAACAGUUGCUGUAUUCAACUAAGUUUCAAUACAACAAUUAAAAGCGGAGGUGGAUUUAGAGUACAACGAGAGGAGGUGCCCCUGGUUACCAUGACGACAAAGGGAAACCAGGUAGCUUGGAAAAGAUGAUCGCUUCGUGUAGCGUCUAACACUUUUGUGAGCAGAUUUUAAUUUAACAGUGGUAGUUUUGUUCUAAUUUACAUCAAAUUGUGGUCGCACAAAAUCUGAGUCUCACAUAAAACUCCAAUUAAACAGACUGAAGUUUGUUGCAGUGACAAAAUGUGGAAAAGUUCAAGAGAUAGAAACUCUUUAGCUUUGGCGCUGCAACAGAAUAUGUCUGGCUGUUACAAGAGCAGGACAGGAAGGUGUGGGCGAUGCAGGUCAUGUUGGUCGUUGUGUGUGAAUGUGUUCCAGUUGGCAUAUUGAAGCUAAAAGCAGCUGAAAGGAUUUUUUAAAGUAAAAUACCCGGGUCUCGUCGUCGUACGACGAGCUGAUUGAGCGCGUGUGACUUCCCGCCGGCACAGUCAGGCCUGGGUCUCUCCAAAGCCUCGCCGGCCUUUACCUUUGUGACUGAACAUGCACUAUAACCCCCUCGGAUCUAUCACCCGUCAUAACUUUCUCUGGCCUGUUUCCAGUAUCCAGCACUGACUGAAGCUGACGUCUCACUUCGGGGAAACGGAAACCGGCCGAUUUGUAGAGCGGAGCAGCGGGACUGCUCCAGUUUCGUGCUUCUAAGUCAAUAAGCCCGUCGGUAUCCGGCAACAUAGCCAUCAAAACACUUUUUCUGUUGGUGUGAAGCGUCUUCUAGGAAAAAGGGACUAGUUUAAGUUUCUUAGUAGAGACCAAUAACAGGCAAAGCAGAUCUACGGCUCAUGUGUUUUUUGUUUUUUUUUCCCCCCAAACCAAGAGAUAAAAAGCAACCCAAUGGACCUGAACUUCCUGGAAGAAGACGACGGUCGUUGGAACAGGAGAUGCGCUAGUACAUCUGUUUGUGAGCACCUGAAUGGACUGAACCUAAGCUCCCCCAAUCACACACAAACAUGUUUUGUUUCCCCCCAACGUAACUGUUUAUGACACAACUGUAGACCAGUAACUUCGGUAUCCGCUGACUCGACCCGGAUGCGGUUCACGUUGGAAACGCCGACCGUACAAUCUGGACGCCUCCGCCGCGUUGGAGAACCAGGUUUGACUUAGUCCGGGAUCCUCGUUUGGGACUUUUGGCUGGAAUAACCCGGAUUCUCUUUCAGACUGAAAAGCAUAAACCGCUGAAGAAGAGCCAUGCUUCUGGAGGAGGAACUACCCGUUUUUAAAGCCGUUUGGAUGAAAAGAACCGCUUCGUUACAGGGAGACUUCCCCGGCGUAGUCCCUUUGUCUGGCUGUCGUGCUAACCUUCGAUUCCUCGUGUUCUAGGUUCUAGGGUAGGCCUGUGCUGUAAAAUAAGGUUGUGACAAAAAUAAAAAGUGGAUAAAAAGGAAAAAAAAACCUGACAACUUUGGCACGUUGGUGUCAGAAUUUGAUCUGUAAUUUUUUUGUUUUUUGGUUUCGUUUGUAUAUUUGAACUUUUUGACAGAAUGCGCAUACUAUGUAAAGGACAUAUUUACUGAGUAUUUAGUCUGUGCUUCAUAAAGUACGCUUUUAUACUUA